AUGGAGGUUAUGGUGGCUUCACGAAUUGGUGGCUUCACGAAUUGGCCCAACGUUUGCCAGCUAUUGCAGCAUGGAUUUGCCACAGUCUCAACUGAUACCGGUCAUCGAUCUGGUCACGAUGGUGGGAGUUGGGCUCUCAAUAGCUCGGAAGCGGCUAUUAAUUGUCGUUGGCGUUCGCCUCCAACAUUGUUCGCCAAUACUACAAUCGCCCAAUCUCCUACUCCUACUACGCCACUUGCUCUACUGGAGGUCGUCAGGGUCUCAAGGAAAUCCAGGAGUUCCCGGAUGACUUUGAUGGUGCCUUGGUUGGUGCCCCCGGCAUGGUGGAUGAACCAUCUUUCUCCCUGCAACACAUGGCUUAGCAACCAUGAUUUACUAGCCAAUGCUUCUCACCAUGUCACACUUAUCCAAAUAGCCGCUCUGGCAAAGGAGGCCAUGGCCCAAUGUGAUCCCGAAGAUGGUAUUACAAACAAUAUUAUUUUGAACCCUAAGGCUUGCAAAUUUAAUAUUGAUGCCCUAAGUUGCUCUGUCUCUGGGAGCAAUGUGAGCGUGUUCUUUAAACGACGAUCAGCUAAAGCUCGCAAAAUUGGUGGUCAGGGACUGGUUUUACAAUAA